AGCCCGCGAGGCGCAUGCGCGCUGCGGGGCCCGCCGCCGCUCUGGUGUCGCCGCCGCCCCCGCCGCCGCCGUUGCCGCCUCCCCGCCGGCAAGUGUGGGAAGGAGGAGUCGAGGGCCGCUGCCGCCGCUGCCGCCAUGGGGAGGAAGUCGAGCAAAGCCAAGGAGAAGAAGCAGAAGCGGUUGGAAGAACGAGCAGCCAUGGAUGCCGUCUGUGCCAAAGUGGACGCCGCCAACAGGCUCGGAGACCCUCUGGAGGCUUUCCCGGUGUUCAAGAAGUACGACCGCAAUGGGUUAAAUGUGUCCAUUGAGUGCAAGCGAGUGUCGGGACUGGAGCCGGCCACUGUGGACUGGGCCUUUGACCUGACCAAGACCAACAUGCAGACUAUGUAUGAGCAGAGCGAGUGGGGCUGGAAGGACCGAGAGAAACGCGAGGAGAUGACGGACGACCGAGCCUGGUACCUCAUUGCCUGGGAAAACAGUUCCGUCCCCGUGGCCUUUUCUCACUUCCGGUUCGACGUGGAGUGUGGGGACGAAGUCUUGUACUGCUACGAGGUGCAGCUGGAAAGCAAGGUACGGCGGAAAGGCCUGGGCAAGUUCCUCAUCCAGAUCCUGCAGCUCAUGGCCAAUAGCACACAGAUGAAGAAAGUUAUGUUAACAGUAUUUAAGCACAAUCAUGGCGCCUAUCAGUUCUUCAGAGAAGCGCUGCAAUUUGAGAUCGACGACUCUUCCCCCAGCAUGUCCGGUUGCUGUGGGGAGGACUGCUCCUAUGAGAUCCUGAGCCGGAGGACCAAGUUUGGGGACAACCAGCACUCACAUGCGGGCGGGCACUGUGGCGGCUGCUGCCACUGAACUCCCAAGCCAGAACGCCCUCUCCAAGGCCUGUUCUCUCCCCAGUCUCACGCCACUUGCCAGGUGCCCUCAGAGUUGUGGCCUCCUCAGCCCUGCACAUGCCAGGCUGCGCCCUGAGAGCACAGAGCCCUGGGAGGAGUGGUCCGAGCUGCCCCUCCCCCUCUCCUAGAAGAGCAGAGCGCCGGGAGGGAGCAGAGAGGAGAGGAUGCUGAGGAGGCGCACGUCCUUGCACGGUGCCUGCCUUCUGUCUCGGCUCUUGCGCCCUCGAGCGUAAGGUUCCCCGACUUCUCUGCAGCUGGAUUGCUGACAAGCACCCACACUCGCACACACUUGGACAAAUGGAGUGUUUAUAGCCACCUUUAUGAAAGUCCUGGAGCUCUGGGUCGGGGUCUGGCUGGUCCCCAAAGAGGAACGGACUCGGUGUAAGAUCUGGGCGUAGAGAGGCUUCGGAGAUACUCGCUUUGUGGACGGAAUGCUCCGAUGGAGACCGUGGGCAGGUCUUCUGUGCCCCGGCACGGGGAAGUGAGGGCGCCCCUUCUGGCUGUGCUGCUCUGCAGCCACAGAGUGGAGUCUCCCAGGGGACCAGUCGACUGCGGGACGAGGGCUCUCUCCAUCACGCAGUGAGGGGCUGAGAGGACCAGGAGCAGGGCGGCAGGUGGGGCCCGCUGUGGGGACGGUUGCUUCUCUGGGCUUUUGGACUUCGCUGCAUUCUAAGCUUCACCUCUGGAUCUCCUGGCGGUGACUCGAGGUUUUCAGGCAUAGCAGAAAGCAGAGGUCCUGCCUGUUUCUCUCCCCCACCCCAGAUACCUCUGUUCUUACUCCCAAGGGGGAUAACAUCAGGGAGCCCUCGUCUUCCCCCAGAAGGACCCCUCGUUCCCGGCUCACUGAAGGCCGUUUCCUCUCUGUCUUGGUGCUGAUAGCUCUCUGAGCGUGGGGCACCCCUCUCCACACCGCCCCGCUCCUCAGAGAGCCCCAGCCAGCAGCAGGCCGCUCUGCCUGCGCUCCCCCCGCCCCUCGCCGCCUCAGUGAGGCGCUAGUGCCGCUGCCCUGCCCGCAGCUCAGGGUGCAGCAGGAACGCCUCUUGGGGCCGACUCAGCUGCUUUUCUCUCUCUGGGAUCACCCUGCGGGCUGGAGCUGGGACGAGCACGCCCUCCUCUUCUCUGGGAUAGAGAGGGUGUGCGGGCGCAGAGCUCACACUCGCCUUUGUUCCCUUUCCAGGGAAAAAAAUGACCAAAUCCUUACCCAGGAAAAAGCACUCAGCGCCUCCCCUUGAGCUCUGCUUUAGGGAGUGUCUUAAAGGUUCCAGCCUUCAUGAAAUUGCUCUCUUGGAGGGCCUUGGUCCCUCUGACCUCAGAGUCUGCUCACCCCCCACCCUCUGCCCUGACUCAGGCAGAUCUCCCCGGAGCUGUUCUCGCUUCUCCCCCGCUCCCUGCUCAUGCGGGGGCCUGUGCACCCGGCCUCCCUCACCCAGCCCAGCCCAGCCCUCCGCCCAAGGCUCGACCCCGCCACCAGUGGGAUGGGCGCUUCUUGGAGAGGACCUCUGCCCUGCCUGCUGGCUCCGAGGGGAGCGUUUGAGAACCAUGGAAUGACAAGCAUGUUAGGAAGAGUUUUCUCUGACCUCUGUCUCAGAGGAUGCAGAAAGAUAAGUAUUUAUUGUCUUAUAUCAUGGAUUUCUGAUACCUCCCCCUCAGGGGGACCAAAAGGGACCCUCAGUGUAAAUCUAACAUAAGGUGAGUUCCGUGUAUGCUGUCUCUCCAGUCAUUGGAUGCCUGGCACUGGGGCCCUUGGUCCCACACCCCGCUUGCCAGCUUCUGCCGGCCCUUCCCACAGGCCUGCCAGGGGCGCGGGGCUGGGGCGGGAGGCGCCGCCUGAGACACAGGUCGGCUGUGUUGUCGGUGUCAGUCAGUUUGCAAACAUCACUCUUUCUCCAUUUCCCCCAGGUCUUGGUUUGAGAAACAGAAGGCCUUUUGUACCAGGCUUUUUUGUUUGUUGUUUGUUUGGGGCAUGUUAAAAUAUUUUUUAAGAUUUUUUUUCUAGUUGUAUCCAUCCUAUUUCAGGUUAUUUUUGUUGAUGUCAGAUGUGUCUAUGACAUGUGUAUGGUUCUUUUUAACCCUUUUUGGUUUUUUUAGAGGAAAGUUUGAAGAUAAACUCUUUCUUGGUAUAUAUAUAUUUUUUCUUUAGCAACUUGUUAUCACUGGAAUCAAAGGGAAAAAGUGAUCUCUUUUUGUGUUGGUUGUAUUUGUAUGUCACAAAUAAAAGAUGCUUUGUUCAGCUGC